UAAAAACAAUGUCAAAUAUUAUAAUCAAACCACAUUUAAUUUUAUUAAAAUUUUUACUAAUGUUCGUUAUUACGAGAGCUGAAGAGGAUACACAAAAAAUUAGUGAAGCUCCGAAAACCUUCGCUUCGUUAAAUAUUUUAAGACAUGGGGACGGCGAAAACGAUGAUGAUAUUAAGCAACUUUUAGAAGAGAAGUAUAAAUUCAGGAAUGACCAAACCUCAACCAGGUAUCGGAUAACACAGGUUAAAGGGAAAGAAAGUGCAAAAGAAGGUGAAAUUCCAGCCAACGACGACCGCCAAAUAGCCUGGGCAUUCCGCUCAUACGCUGUUCGGCGUAUUGUUGGGGGAAUGGAAACCAGCAUCAGCAUGUACCCGUACAAUGUGGCCAUAUCGAGGAACACUAAGCAUUGGUGCGGUGGGUCGAUAAUUGAUGAGCAAUGGGUGCUUACGGCUGGACAUUGUUUAGAGUCAGCUGUAGACGACGACAAAAAGAAACUAAUGCCUUUUAUAGUCAGAGCUGGGAGCUCUUUUCACAAUCGAGGGGGAUAUCAAGCUAGGGUUAACAAGGUAUUUUUCCCAAAAGAAUACGUUCCUGGCAGCGCAGAUUACGACUUUUCUCUGCUUAGAUUGGAUAGGCCAAUGCCCAUUGGACGGAACAUCGCCGUGCUGAACCUGCCUUCAAAGGAAUACCUCAUGAAAGAGGAGGACAUACUGAUUGUGUCAGGAUGGGGUAGUACUGACGAAUCUGGUUAUGGCCACAUUCCGGAUCGACUACGGUUCGUGCCAGUGCCGGUGAUGAAGAUCAAUGAUUGCCAAAAGUCGUACCGCUUUUACAUCACGCCAAGAAUGUUAUGCGCUGGUUAUGCUACAGGUGGGAAGGAUGCUUGCAACCACGACUCCGGUGGCCCAGCAGUUCGGGAUGGUGUUCUUCUAGGCAUAGUCUCCUUCGGGGGCAAACAAUGUGGUGACCCCCGAUCGCCUGGAGUUUACAGCCGAGUUUCGACCAUCACAGAUUGGGUGGAGAACACUAUAACUCAGAACGAAGCUAGUGAUGUGCCUGAGUUGAGGGAAAAGAUUGAAAAGGCUAGGCAAAGAGAAAAGGAACUACAGAAGUUCAAAGCGCGAGUGGAAGACAAGAAGAACAAAAUAAAGAAUUGGUUGCGAGAAACAUUACGUUCACCCGCUUUUCUAGAGUUGGCAAAGAAAAAACUUAAGCAAACUGGUUUCAGUGCAAAUAAUAGGAGAACUUUGUCAUUUUACAAUGCCACACAUAUUCAAUAUCAACCAGGAAACAAUUCGACUAAUCUAGAUGAUCGGGCUAUAGACGAAAUAAAUCUAUCCAAUCAAAUAAAUGAAAGAAUCAUAGAAGCAGACGGGGAAAACAAUGAAGCCGAAAAAUUACUCCGUACUUUAGCGCUACAAGAAGUCAUGUUGAGCAAUAAGAAAGCUGAUUCCACGAAACUUGCGUUAAGAAUGUCCACUGAUCAUGAAAUGAGUAUAGAAUCAUUAAUUUCAUACAUUACUGAAGACAAAUAAAAAACAAAAAUAGUUUUUGUGUUCACGUUUUCUAAUUUGCUAAUAUAUUUUUACAAUUUGCGCCAUCUAUGUAAUAGAUAUAGAACUAUUAAGCCCUGUAGUUCUGUGCAACAGUUCGUGUCUAAGUAGCAUAACUACUAGCCGCUAGAUGUCGGUGUACACUUAGACUAUUCGACACUAGAUGGCGUCACAUGUAUUUUCGUAGAAAUUUGUAUCUCUGAAUCGAAAAUGUAAAAUUUUAGCAAAAGGGUUGUGAUUUGAAUUUCUAUAGAUGCCUGAGAGAAUACGAAAUACAGAGAUCCAUUGUCUACCAGUUGGCAGUUCUAAUAAUUAACAAGUUGUAGUGACUAAUCGACAGAAUUUCAAAGGGAGAGACGCAUAAUGACGACAGCCUCUAUUAGGUAGACUGUGACCUGGUGAUGGAGGAAAGGAACGUUUUAUAAUACGAACCUGUCCUGCACCUAGUGGUAGUGGUAAGCAACAGGCCUAUCCAUAACAGUUGCAGUCACCCUGAGACAUAAGUUGACAAGUCCUAUGUGCCUGUAACUUCACCAGCACCUUUCCAAACCGGAACGGUGCUAAAAAAGAUUCUACAAAAGAAAUUAGUCAAUAACUUUUUAUGCCUAAUUAUUACAGUUAUAAGACUCACAUUAUAUUACAAGAACAAUUUGUUUCAUGUAGUGCGUAUUAUUUUUAUGAUUUACACAAGGUAAAAGCACCUUUAACGCACGACCACAUGUGGCGUUAUUGUGCCAAAGACACGAAUUAUGAGAAUCAAAUUAAUAAUAAAGUUCGUCGCAAAUUAAUAAUAAAACGUAGCUAUUAAAUACAGCAGCUUUCUAAUAAACUUUUGAGGUAAGUUCGUUUUUUUCUGUCGUGGAAAUUUGUAGGAAUCGUGCUAUUAUAUAUUUCUUCCAAAGUGUUAUAUAUAGACUCAUACGACACUUUACUAUGUUACCCUCUUCCUUCUCUGUGUGUAAAAUAUGAAAAUAACUCUGUAACUGUAAAAAUAAUAAAAUUUGCGGUGCAUAUAAGCGGCCUCAUUUAUUUGCAUAAGUAAUAGCUAACACGAAGCCCCGCACUAGGUACACAUACAUAUGCAACCACAAAUUAUACCCAAAUUCACGAGAGAAAUAAAUGAAGGCCAUACAAAUAUUUCUCCCGGCCCGAGAAUCGAACCUGGGACCUCUGCGUGGCAGUCGGUUUGGCCACGGAGGCAGUUAAAAGUAUAGCAGGGGUAUGGGUUGCAUUGCUACCGAAAGAAAAAAACUUACUUUUAGCUCUGAAAAAGAUGACCUUAACCCGUUCCUUAGAACUUCCAUACCCAGUGGUGGGAUUUAAUACUUGAGAAACUAACAGGCGCGGGCACUAGACCUCACAACUUGUACUAUAUAUU